AUGCCACCAGGUCUCCUGAGUCAGUACAGUGAUUUGGAAAGAACCUCAUAUGAGUGGUAUAUUCCUAAAGGGAUCUUAAAGACUGGCUGGAUGAACAAGCACUUGAAUCUGGUGCCCGCCCUUGUGGUUGUGUUCUAUGAGCUGGACUGGGAUGAACCUCAACAGAGUUUACAAGGGAGAAACACAAAAGUUGCAGUCGUUCUGAUUCAGAAGAAAACCCCUUUGCCCCCAGAAUUUGUAGUUUUUGGAAUAAUGUUUGAGAUGUUGGGAGAUACUACAAAAUUUCUUUUGUUUGUUAGACAUCAGUUCAAAAUAGCUUUCUUCAGUGAGUUAAAGCAAGAUACACAAAAUGCCUUGAAGAAUUAUAGGACCGCCUAUAAUCUUGUACAUGAAUUGAGAGCCCAUGAAACCAACAUUUUGGAAAUCAAGACUAUGGCAGGAUUUAUAAACUACAAGAUCUGUAGGCUGUGUUUUCAGCAUAAUACCCCAUUGGAUGCAAUUGCUCAGUUUCGAAAACAUAUUGAUUUGUGUAAAAAAAAGAUUGGAAGUGCUGAGUUGUCUUUUGAGCAUGCUGCAUGGAUGUCUAAACAAUUUCAGGCCUUUGGAGAUUUAUUUGAUGAAGCAAUUAAACUAGGAUUGACAGCCAUUCAAACUCAGAAUCCUGGUUUCUAUUACCAGCAGGCUGCAUACUAUGCGCAGGAGCGGAAACAGCUUGCCAAAACACUCUGUAACCAUGAGAAGUUUUUCUUUGAAGGAACUGAUCUGAGUCAAGGAGUGUGCACGUACAAUGUUGAUGUGAAGGACUUAUGUUCAGUGAGCUAUCUUAAGAUGGGUUGUGUCUUGUAUACAGGUUUUGAUCUCUCUGACCCUGAAAAAGAGAAAGUCGGAGUUCUUGCCAUUCAGCUAAAGGAGAGAAAUGUUGUUCAUUCUGAAAUAAUAAUAACUCUUCUGAGUAAUGCUGUUGCACAGUUUAAGAAGUAUAAGUGUCCAAGAAUGAAAAGCCAUCUGAUGGUUCAAAUGGGAGAAGAAUAUUAUGCAAAGGAUUAUACCAAAGCUUUGAAGUUGCUGGAUUAUGUCAUGUGUGAUUAUCGGAGUGAAGAGAAUAAUGGACAUGCAUUUAAGGUGUCUAGUAGUAACUUAGACAUUUUUGUUUUAUUUCUAGUACAAUGCAAAGCCAAGUUUCAUGCCCCAAGUUUUCAUGUGGAUGUUCCCGUUCAGUUCCAUAUUUAUCUGAAGGCUGAUUGUCCACAUCCCAUUCGGUUUUCCAAGCUCUGUAUCAGCUUUAAUAAUCAGAUUACUUCAGUGGAUCUGGUUCUAGGUAAUGAGUCCGGAAGAUGUGUGGUUUUAAGUUGGCAGGGAGGAGGAGGAGAUGCUGCUUCCUCCCAGGAAGCACUACAGGCAUCCCGUUCCUUCAAAAGGCGGCCUAAGCUCCCUGACAACGAGGUUCACUGGGACAGCAUGAUCAUUCAGGCAAGCACAAUGAUCAUAUCCAGAGUUCCAAACGUCUCUGUCCAUCUGCGACACGAGCCUCCUGCCCUAAUGAAUGAAAUGUAUUGUUUGGUUGUGACUGUUCAGUCCCACGAAAAGACCCAAAUCACAGACGUGAAGCUCACAGCUGGUUUAAAACCAGGACAGGAUGCCAAUUUAACUCAGAAAACGCAUGUGACUCUUCAUGGAACAGAGCUAUGUGAUGAGUCUUUCCCUGCUCUGCUCACCGACAUUCCUGUUGGAGAUUUACACCCAGGGCAGCAGCUGGAAAAAACCUUCUAUGUUCGCUGUGGGACAGUGGGAUCAAGAAUGUUUCUUGUCUAUGUUUCUUAUUUGAUCAGUACAACUGUUAAAGAAAAAGAGAUCAUUUGCAAGUGUCACAAGGAUGAAACUGUAACAGUAGAGACGGUGUUUCCAUUUGAUGUUGCAGUUAAAUUUGUCUCUUCAAAGUUUGAGCACCUAGAAAGGGUCUAUGCUGACAUCCCCUUUCUGUUGAUGACGGAUGUUUUAAGUGCCUCUCCAUGGGCCCUCACCAUUGUAUCCAGUGAGCUCCAGCUUGCUCCGGCUAUGACCCCUGUGGAUCAGCUAGAGUCCCAGGUGGACAAAGUUGUCUUACAGACUGGAGAGAGUGCUAGUGAAUGCUUUUGUCUUCGGUGCCCAUCUGAAGGAAAUGUUGAAGGUGGAGUUGCAACGGGGCAUUACGUUAUCUCCUGGAAAAGGACUUCAGCCCUAGAAACCGUCCCUGUCAUCAGUACCACCAUCACUCUACCACACGUGAUUGUAGAGAACAUCCCUCUCCACGUGAAUGCAGAUCUGCCUUCAUUUGGACGUGUCAGAGAGUCCCUGCCUGUCAAGUACCACCUACAGAAUAAGACGAACUUAGUGCAAGACGUGGACAUUUCUGUGGAGCCUAGUGAUGCCUUCAUGUUCUCCGGUCUUAAACAGAUUCGAUUACGCAUCCUACCUGGUACCGAACAGGAAAUACUGUAUAAUUUCUACCCUCUGAUGGCUGGCUACCAGCAGCUGCCAUCUCUCAACAUCGACUUGCUGAGAUUCCCGAACUUCACGAAUCAGCUGCUGAGGCGUUUUAUACCCACCAGUAUUUUUGUAAAGCCACAAGGUCGGCUCGGGGAUGAGAACUCGAUUGCUGCUGCCUGAUGUUGGAGCCUGGCCCGGCUGUGCUUCCAGUGGAGCGGAUCAUAGGUUUUCAUUGUGAACGGUAGCUUUGAUCAUGAUAAAAAGUCAAUGUUUUCUAUUUUUUAAUGAAUAUUAUGCCAACAAUUCAGAGGAACUCAUGCUUAAAAUCUAUACUCUUAUAUUUUCACUAAUAAAUAUUUGGAAUCUGUCAGUGCUACAACAAGAUGAUCAGUCCAUUGUUAUUAUUGAAAGUAAUGCCAUGACUAGUCAGUUUUUAAAAGUCAGUGGUUUGCAUGUUUGAUAACAAAGGUAAAAAUCAAGCGUCCUCAGAUGACUGAACAAGGAGAAGGAAAAUGCACCAAAGUUGCCCAAUAAAAUGCUGGGCCCCCUGUGAGCCUCUGUUCAGUUAGCUAAAUGAAGUAAAUCCAUCCUCACAGAUGGAAAGUGUGCUCAGAAGACACACAGAAUGUUUCAUGAACAGUUGUGUAACUGGUAGGGAAAACUUCCAGAAAAUUUUGAGCAAAGCAAUUUAAGGAAGUUGUCUAAGCACAACUUACCACCAAAAUAUGUCAUUAGGUUCAACUUGUCGCCAAAAUAGAAACCAUUAAGGAACAGGUUCAAGCAUGUGUUAAUAAAAUCUUACUUUGAAAAAGAAGGCUCUGAUGAUGAGAAGAAUUUCUAAAAAGAAUUUGAAAAAGAUAAAAGAUGUUAAAACUUAAAUUCCUAAUUCAUGCAAAUAAGUCAUUUUGAAUUUUUUCUUUGUUAAAAUACCUUAACUUAAAAGAACCUGGAACUAAUUAUUAUUUAAAGGACAGGCAUUGUAAAAAGGAAAUAAGUGAUGUGAAUAAAUAUGGUCUCUUUCAUA